UUAGGCUGGAUGCAAGUAGUUAAGGCCACGGAUAGAACGAUCGACGAAUCAAUCUGUAACGAACCAGAAACGGUAAUUGUGGAUGGAUCUGCUCAUGGAUACCGAAUUUACUCACCAUGCAGCACAACACUUACAAUCCAACUAACCAAUUUAAGUGCUUUAAAGCAUCAAAAUGAAAUAGUUGAUGAAAUAUUAGACCGGGAAUAUCAAGAUCUUAGAAUAGAGAAUACGAAUUUAGAGUUUACUGAGCCUAAACACAGAGAUAGGUUAGAGUCCUUUUUUCACAAACUUGCUACAAAGACCGCAUAUGAUAAAUACCAUUUCAUGUAUUUCGAAUACCCAGAUAUGACUAGGUUGCAGAAAAUCGAAUCUGCCACUAGCCAUUUAUGUAGUAGAGUUGUUCCACAAAAGCUGCGUAACUUUCGAUCCAGAAAAGCCAAAGAAACCAACAUAGCAUUACACACAUGUAAUGGUAAUUUUAUUGCCGCCACCAUCUCAAUCUUCUCCCAAAGUAAGAUAAUUCCAUGGGUUAUAUGUUUAAGAUGUGAUAUACCAUCUCUUGAUUGGAUUGGCAAUGUUAAUGGGCCCGUGGAUACCGAAAUAUAUAUCUCUCUCUCCAAUAGUACGGCCAAAUCAACUGUUUUACGUCAGCAGAUCAAACAAAAGGUCUGCCUAAACAUAGCAUGGGAGUCGGAGGAGAUGAAGGAUGAGAUCUGUGGCCGAUGCCGAACAAGGAUUGAUAAAGAGGGGCAUCUGAUAAAGAAUCCUAAUGUGCGAGUCAUAACGAAUAUCUAUGCUCCAACAAGGGGGAUAGCUAAUACCAAUGAAGUGGCAAUUUCUAACCCAACUCCAAUUCACUGA